AAGUAAUUCAAUGGCGAGCACAGCGUGCUUCCGGGAGUCUGUGUUAGUGUCUCAAAGUGAAUGUCACACCGCUCCAGUCUGAGCCACGAUGAACAGCUGUAGAAGAAUCGCACAGACAGGCGACUGGACCUCCGGGGUGAACACCCUCUUGUCGCGGUUCAAACCGCGGACAAACUGCCGCAGGGCUCCGGGGGCGGCGCCGCCCCACACCCGGAGCCAGGCCACCGCCGCGGGGGAGAAACGCCGCCUGACAGCCAUCGACCUGGCCCGGAAGGUUCAACAGGAGAAGGAGGCACCGAAGGCUGCCGAGGCUCCGCUGUCCGACCAACAGAAGAGGGUGUACGAGCUGAGGCAAUUCAGUCAACAGCUCCAGAAUGUUCAUCCCAACGUGCUGGCGAAACACCUCCACAGGAGCGUGCUGUACCAGGACCAAGACGUGGUGAUCAUCAACAAGCCCCACGGUGUUCCGGUGCGAGAUGACUCCAAGGCCACAUCCAUCCAAUCUGUGCUUCCUGUCCUCUCCAAGAUGAUGGAUGGGAUGAAGAUGAAGUCCGACUCUCAGCUGCUUCCCUGUCUGGCACUGGAGAAGGAGACAACAGGAGUUCUCCUACUGGCCCGGAACCAAGAGGCGGCGGAGCGCGUUCUCAACCUGCACAGAAAUAACCAAGUGCAGAGGAAAUACUGGGUCAUCACAGUGGGUGUACCUGUACCGUCCGAAGGAGUGAUUGAUAUUCCCAUCAUAGAGCGAGAGGUCACAGGCCCACGGCCGCACUACAAGAUGGCGUUGAGUCCAAUGUUCAGAAUGAACGAUGCAGGUGAUGGUGUAACCAAAGUCCGGGCCCAUCGGCAAGCUCAUCCCGCCGUGACCAAGUACCGAGUCCUGGACAGCAACAGUGGCUGCAGCCUUGUGGAGCUUCAGCCUUUUACCGGAGUUAAACACCAGAUGAGGGUUCACAUGGCAUUGGCUGUGGCAUGUCCCAUCCUCGGUGACCAUAAGUAUUCUCACUGGAACAAACUGGCACCCCAGAAAUUACCAGAACGUGUGUUGGGAAAGCUUGGACUGGAACAAAGCAAGAUACGGAAUCUUCCUCUUCAUCUGCACGCACAACGGCUAAUGCUGCCACAAGCCAGUCAAGUAGACAUCGACGUGUCCUGCCCGCUGCCCAAAUACUUUACACAAACACUGAAACGACUGCGUCUAAACCUCCCUGAUGAAAAGGACGAUAAAUAACAACUUUGCUUUUUGUCAAGUUAUUGUCAAUCUAAUGGACGUCUGCAAGUAGUGGGGGUCAGUGGUGAAGGAUUUCAGACUGCUACAUGGAUCUUUGUAAUGCUGGUAUGUAAAAUUAUCAAACAGAAGACUGUAGAAAAUGACUGUACAGCGCUAUAUGACUGGUUUAAGUAAAUAAAUGAAGCAGUAUUUUUUGUCAAAGUAAA